AUGAGCUCCUCCAAUAUACGUACGGCAGACUCAUCCAGUGGGUCAUCGAAGCUUCCUGUUCCCAGACAUACAUAUUCCAACUCGCUGGUGUCUAACAUUUCCAGUAUGAAUCCACAAUCUCUCUCGAAUUUAAAGCCCAACAGGUCUGGUUCCAGCGCUGCCCGCCUAACAAGAACCAAUACCAAUGCUACCGAUGCAAUUACAAAUGCUAACAGCACUAUACUUGGAGAAGGUGCUCCUAGCUUGAGAACAAUAGAUAUGGUGCCGAGCGCCAGACCCAGUGUCUCGUAUCUGGACAAACUCUGGACCCAAAUCGAUGUACUUGAUGAUGUGAAAAGUAUGGCUAAUCAAGUACGGCUGAAGGGAUCAUUUUUCAACGACAAGUUCAACCAAGAGUUGACGAAGUUGAAAGAACAACAGAAUAAAUUGUUAGAAACAAUGUCGUCACAGCAUUUCAGCGACAUAGGCAGAAGUAGACUGAACCAAUUAGUAGCGGCGUCGAUUAAGUCUCCCAGCUUAGCUUUGCACUCUACAGGUGGACUUAAGGGUGGCUUGUUGCCGUCGGACAAAGAUGAAAUAGUAGAUAAAGACAAGCUCAAACAGGAAAAGUUGGAUGAGUUCUUUGGUGACGAGCAAGGUACCAAGAGCUCUCGAGAUAUUCUUUACAGAAAACAGAAUUUCGACGAGAUGAACAAAUAUGUGGAUCAGAUUAAAGACGAUUUGGUCAAUGUGGGAGAGUCUAUGAAGCGCUUUGACGAGACAACAAGAGAGAUAUGGUAG